AAAAAUAAUUAUGUCACUAACAGAAGCGCAAGUGUCUGAGAGUGCAAGUCUGCAGCCAGACCCAUCUCCUUUAACUUGGCUGUUUUGUGACAAUGGGUCAGGUGUUUACCAGUGUUGCAAAGUGCUUUAUGAGCAGAAGUACUGGAUGGAAACUCGUAGGCCACUUCAAGUAUUGCAAGCACACUCUAAAUAUCUUAUUUUAUUAUUUUUAAAAGACUUGAUAUGUGAACCUUUGCAAAUUGUUACUAAUAGCAUAUUUUGCAAAUGUCAUUAACUUGCUUUUAAGUCAGUGGACACUUGGGAAGAGUUAAAGACAUCAUGUCUUUAAAUGAAGGACUUUGACUUCGGUUGAGAAAUCCUAAAGAACUGUCAGCCUUUAACUGUUGCUGCUGGAAAGGCCUAGCCUUUAAGACAGAUUCUCCUAUUAAUGGAGGAGUGUGUAUGUGCCACAAAGCCUCAUUGUACAUUGUCGUAACAUAUUCUAAAUGACUUCUCUUUAAACUCAAGAAAAUUGUAAGGGGAGGACUAAAGCUGUUCAAUUGAUGAACUGUAACAGUCUUAUUUAUUAUUAUUCUUUUUUGUAUCUUCUGUAAAUGUUUGAAGAGUUUAAAUAGUGUAUGAUUGGGUGACUGGGUUUAUAUUUCAAGAGCUUUUUUGUCCUGAUUAAUAAACACAUUUGAAGGGGAGUUGAGUUUGUUGGUUUAUUGUAAACAGACAUUAUUCGUUGUUGUAUAUCAUUAGCACUGUACACAACGUCGUGUUUUUAAUUUAUUUCUCCGUCCACUGGAGGCGCUGUUCACUCUUAGGUUAAGUUAAUCAAAGUUGUUGCCAAGUCAACGUUUUCUGUACAGAUUUUUUCGGGACCCUUUGACACAGACAAGUGUUUUUUUGUAAAAUAAAUUAUAAGCGGUUUGACUAAUACAUACGCUGAAAGCUUAAAAGAUUGGUUUUAUACAUAUUUUCCUCUUGGUAUACAUUAUAUCAUAUAAUUUAUAAACACUGGGCAACCCCGACCCUCGACGUGAUCGAGGCUGCAGCCAUAGCAGCCAGAUUCAGCUCGGUAAACAAAGCGGACACCUAGCGAGCUAACAGUUAUCCCGAUACAAUUUCAGAGAAUAACGGUCUAAAUCGAGAGUAAACCAUUUCCGGGGACGGGUUUAAAACGGUAUACAUUGUUAUUAUCUAAUUAGAUUUUCUUUCUAAUGACAUGAUAUGUAAUUUCAUAGUUUCAUGGAUCGAAUGUAGCUAACCGGUAUUAGCUAACUGGUUAGCAUUUCAGUGAGGCUGCAUUGAUUCGGGUUGCGAGCAAAAUGAAACUAAACUGUAUGGUCCGUAUUGUACAUGACAGUCUGCUAAUUAGACGAUACAUAUUAGCUGACAGUUUUUAGAUUAUUUUGCCCUUAUUCUCUACUAGAAAUCAUAACAUGUCUGUACUCAAAUCUUUACGAAUCACUCGGAUAGGCAGAUAAAAGCGUGCUAGCAGAUAACGGACUGUUUGAAAACACAAAGAAAAUAACUUUAGCAAUUAGCCAAAACGGCUGUCAUGAAAUAAUAAAUCCCAGUUCGAGCACUUGGGGUGAAAUGUUCAAUCUGAUGGCGAACUGCUGUAAUUGGUUGAAACGAUGGAGAGAACCUGCAAGGAAGGUGACAUUAGUAAUGGUUGGACUGGACAAUGCUGGAAAAACAGCGACUGUCAGAGGAAUCCAGGGAGAAAAUCCUUUAGAUGUUGCACCUACAGUGGGCUUCUCAAAGGUGGACCUGAAGCAGGGCAAGUUUGAGGUCACAAUCUUCGACCUGGGUGGCGGGAAGCGUAUCCGCGGCAUUUGGAAAAACUACUACUCUGAGUCUUACGGCGUGGUGUUUGUUGUGGACUCCAGUGAUGUUCAAAGGAUCCAGGAGACCAGAGACACAAUGGCUGAGGUUCUCCGGCAUCCCCGUAUUGCAGGCAAACCUGUAUUAGUACUGGCUAAUAAACAGGACCAAGAUGGGGCAUUGGCUGAAGCAGAUAUCAUUGAGACCCUGUCAUUGGAGAAGCUUGUCAACGAGAAUAAAUGCCUCUGUCAGAUUGAACCCUGUUCUGCAAUGCUGGGAUAUGGUAAGAAGGUGGACAAAUCCAUCAAGAUUGGCCUUAACUGGCUCUUGAAUAACAUUGCCAAGGACUACGAGGCAAUUUCAGAGCGUGUGCAAAAAGAUACAGCUGAGCAGAAGGCUCAAGAAGAACAAGACAAGAAGGAAAGAGCAGAGAGAGUCCGGCGGAUCAGAGAGGAGAGAGACAGACAGGAGCGAGAAGAAACAGAGCAAGAAGGAAGGACAUUGAAAGAGGAGGAGCUAGAUGAUGUCAACAUGCUCAACCCAUUCCAGCCAAUAAACAAUGUUGUUAAUGAGAAUGAAGACAGAUUAAACAAAGAGAAAGCGAUGCAAAGACAUAGAGAAAAUGUUGAGCUGAUCAGUGUGCAAGAACAGACGGUCCUUCAAGAUGAUGAGGAAGAUGAAGAUGAGGAGGAUGAAGAGAGCGAGAGACAGACCCCGGAGAGCACAGAAACAGUGGACCAGACCAAAAAGAAAACUAGAAAGUUACGGUUAAAACGUAAGCACAGAGUUGACCCUCUCAGAGUGGAAGAUGCAGAACCCAAAAGCCCCACUCCUCCUCCCUUACCAGUUGGAUGGGCUACUCCUAAAGUUUCUAGGCUCCCCAAACUUGAGCCUCUUGGAGAUACAAGACAUUCUGCAAGCCUCAGCCACAUCCUUCCUGUCCAAUCAUCUGUCAACAGAAAUACCACAGCCAUCCACCUUGAUACUGUGCCUAAUAAAUGCCACUAGCACAUUCUCCUUAACACCUCACUUCCUUCACUGUGGCUAAUGUGUGUUAUUUGUUUUCCGAUGCUUACAGGAAACAUUUUGGCCAUUCUGAAUGCUGCAUGUAAUAUUCUAUGUCCUCUUCUGAAUGUUAAACCAGACAGUGUGUCAUUUUGAUCUAUGAAUUUAAUGAUGCAGUGUAACCUUUUAAUUUCUAUGGCAAACCUCUCCCACCUGUAGCAAUUAGGCAGAGGCCGAACAGCGAUACUCAUGAUGUAAUUUCCUAACACUACCUCUGCUUCCCCCCUGACUGGUUUACAAUUCUCAAGGGUCCCAACCAAUCAAAGUAUUGUUUUGUUCAUAUCUUCAAGCACGGGCAGUGUAGCAAACUAUGCAGAUUGCCUGUAAGUGAGGAACUGAUAACCAAUCGACAAACCCAGAUGGAUCACAUGACCUCGAUCAACAUCUGGUCAACAGAAGGUGUUUUUAAAUGAGAUGGGGGACAAGGACAUUCACUGUUCAGAUAAUGUGUUUAAAUUUAAAACGGUUCAAUAUUUUACUUACUUUAGAGCUGUUUUUCUUGUUUUAAUCAAAAUACAGUAUUAACAGACUUUUGAAACUCAGCUGAGACUCCUUUGUGGAAAAUAUAUUACAGACCUAUUUUUUAAGAGAAUUGUAUUUAAAUACAUAAAAGUUUAAAUUUGUGUACUUGAAAUUGUACAAAAAUGUUUUUAUGGUAUGGUCUUAAUUAUUAAUCGUGACACAGUUUGCCUUUAAUGUAUCAGAUGGUCUUUUUUUUCAGCAGCAUUUAUAGGUUUAUACACUACGCUGUCUUAAUUUUGAGAAUGACAUUUAUACUCUCAAAUAGCACCAGCAAAAUAUACAGAGAUCGUGAGAAGGUGAACUUGAAUGUGAUGUGAAAUGAUUGUGCCAGCUCUUUACUGAGUUUGAAAAAGCAUUUUAUUCUCACAUACAGUACAUCUUGCUUUAUCAUGGAGCAAAAGAUUCUGAAAAAUGAUGAGUUUAUAAUUUUGUGAUUUACAGAUAAGAGAUUGCACUGUAGGUGUAACAAUGCUCAAUCUCCAAUAUAAAUACAUAUUUUAAUGUAUGAUGUCAUAUAUUGUAAAUGCUGCUUAUAUAUUUAUAUGAUGCUAUUGCCAUUUUUUAUAUUUAACUGUUUGUUUUGUUUUGUAUUUUACCCCUCACACUAAUAUUUAGUUGAUGUUUCGUCCAGUUUGCUCUGUUUUCAGUACAUGCUUCCUUUGUACCCAGUUCACAUUUAAUAUGAAUGUCAAAUUAAAUAUAUUAUAAAAAUGUA